CGUUGGGGUCGUUGGCUGGCCUGGCUCGUCCCAAACUCGCCUGCCCUGACCACACCAGGUCGUCCAACGACUCCCUUCGCGGUCGCCCCCCACGAUCUCUCCACCACUUCCCCGCCGGCGCCGGCAAGGCGGCCAGCGAUGAAGGGCUCCUCCCACCCGCAGGCGGCGGCAGGCCGGCGGCGGCGCUGGGGGUGGCUGCUGCCGCUCCUCGUGGGCGCCGCCUUCCUCGCCGAGAUCGCGUUCCUCGGCCGCCUCGACAUGGCGAAGAACGCCGAGGCGGUCGAGAGCUGGACCACCUCCUUCUACCGCCGCUCCGGCCAUUGGGGCGACGCCGUGGGCGGGGGCGCCACCCCGAGGGCAGGCGGCGACGGCGACGGCGAGGACGAAGAGAUCCGGCGGUGCGAGCAGCGGCUCGAGAGGGAGGACGAUGUGCCCUACGACCGCGACUUCGACAGGGAUCCCGUACUUGUUGGUGGCGCUGCCAAGGAUUGGAAUAAGUGCUAUGUAGGAUGUGAAUUUGGUUUUUCUGCAAGCAAGACACCUGAUGCUACUUUUGGAAUUGCACCAGAUCCUUCUGUAGAUGGUAUCCUCAGAUCAAUGGAAUCAUCUCAAUAUUAUUCAGAGAAUAAUAUUGAUGUGGCUCGAGGGAGAGGGUACAAGAUUGUGAUGACCACCAGCCUUUCUUCAGAUGUACCAGUUGGCUACUUUUCAUGGGCUGAAUAUGAUAUCAUGGCACCUGUGCCUCCAAAGACUGAAGAAGCUCUUGCUGCAGCCUUUAUUUCUAACUGCGGUGCACGAAAUUUUCGUUUGCAAGCCCUUGAGAUGCUUGAAAAUUUGGAUGUCAAAAUAGAUUCAUAUGGUAGUUGUCAUCGUAACCGUGAUGGCAAAGUGGACAAAGUGGACACUUUGAAACGCUACAGAUUCAGCUUGGCAUUUGAGAAUUCUAAUGAGGAGGAUUACGUAACAGAAAAGUUUUUUCAGUCACUGGUAGCAGGUUCUAUUCCAGUUGUUGUUGGUGCUCCAAAUAUUCAAGAGUUUUCUCCGGGAGAAGGUGCAAUAUUACAUAUUAAGGAACUUGAUGAUGUUGCUUCAGUUGCUAAGACAAUGAAAAAUAUUGCUUCAAAUCCUGAUGCCUUCAAUCAAUCUUUGAGGUGGAAGUAUGAUGGUCCCUCUGAUUCUUUCAAAGCCCUUAUUGACAUGGCAGCAGUUCAUUCAUCUUGUCGUCUUUGUAUACAUAUUGCUACCAAGAUCCAGUUAAAGGAGGAAAUGACUCCAAAAUUUACAAAUCGUCCUUGUAGCUGUUCCAGCAAAAAGGGAACAGUUUACCACUUAUUUAUCCGAGAAAGAGGGCGGUUUAAGUCAGAGAGCAUUUAUAUGAGAUCGGGCCGGUUAACUCUGGGAGCCUUGGAAUCUGCAGUGCUCAGUAAAUUUAGGUCCCUCAAUCACGUUCCUGUAUGGAAGGAUGAAAGACCACCGAGUAUUAGAGGUGGGGAUGACCUGAAAGUAUACAGAAUUUACCCGGUCGGUCUAACACAACGUCAGGCUUUGUACGGUUUCAGAUUUAGAGAUGAUUCUGAACUCGAGCAAUAUAUCAAAGACCAUCCCUGUGCAAAGCUUGAAGUAAUUUUUGUGUAACUAUGCUCUAGGCAUACGUUUUUCCCCCCUGAUUCUUACUGAACUCCGUGUGCGAGUUUCAGUUGUAUUGUAAUGUAGGGUGUUUUGUGUAGCAAAGAAACUGAUGCUAGUACAGAUCAUCAACCGGUUGUAAAUUUUCCAUGGCAGUGAACAGCAGUUCCUUCCUUCAGGAACAACCGCAAAGGAAUCGACACGUUUCUUUGAAGAAUUCA